AUGGACCGGGGGGAUAAUGUGCAGCGAGACGAUAUUCGACAAGCAAUGGCUGCGUCGAUGGAAGACGGCAAGGAGCCGUUCGCUCGUCCCCUGAAAGUUUAA